ACAUUGCGCUUUGCCGAAGUUUGACCCAUUCCGCAUCCCGUUCACAACGUUACAGUUUCCGGUGCCGUGCAAACUAUGGUGGCCGAGUUUUGACUUGCGAACGAUAUUUUGUUAAUAACAAAGUAAAGUAGAAUUUUGUUAAUAAAACGUGAUUUAUUUGAGGUCGUCGACAUAUAUUUAUCACAAUGGAGACCGACACACACGCUCAAAAGCGGUCUCACACCGAGAAUGAACGGUCUGGUUCAGGAGGAUCGGAGGACGACGAUGAUUAUGUUCCUUACGUCCCGGUCAAAAUUAGAAAAAGACAAAUGUUACAGAAAAUAUUGCAUCUGAGAGGAAAAGCAAUGGAGGGAGAGCACAAAGACAGUGGUGGGGAACAGCGAGACGAAGACGAAGGUCUUGGUCCACGUUCCAAUGUCAGUCUCCUUGAUCAGCAUCAGCACCUCAAGGAAAAAGCAGAAGCCAGAAAAGAAUCAGCCAAGGAAAAGCAGCUGAAGGAGGAAGAGAAGAUUCUUGAGAGUGUUGCAGAAGGGAGAGCUCUGAUGUCUGUGAAGGAAAUGGCUAAAGGUAUUAUAUAUGAUGAUCCAAUUAAAACAAGCUGGAAGCCACCGCGCUACAUCCUGAAUAUGCCGGGCACUCGACAUGAACGCGUCAGGAAAAAGUUUCACAUCCUGGUCGAUGGAGACGGCAUCCCGAUCAAAAGCUUCAGGGAGAUGAAGCUUCCACCAGCUAUUCUAAAGGGGUUAAAAAAGAAGGGUAUCGUACAUCCGACGCCCAUUCAGAUCCAGGGAAAACCUACAGUUUUGUCAGGUCGGGACAUGAUCGGCAUAGCUUUCACCGGAUCAGGAAAGACGUUGGUGUUCACUCUGCCCAUCAUCAUGUUCUCCCUGGAACAGGAGAAACGGCUGCCAUUCUUUAAGAAAGAGGGACCGUAUGGACUAAUCAUCUGUCCUUCAAGAGAGUUGGCGAGACAGACACAUGGCAUCAUCGAGUUUUACUGCAAACUGCUGGAGGAGGAGGGCACUCCACAGCUGCGUACUGCCCUCUGCAUUGGAGGAAUGUCUGUCAAAGAGCAGAUGGAGGUAGUGAAACAUGGUGUCCAUAUGAUGGUGGCUACACCAGGCAGACUCAUGGACCUGCUGCAGAAGAAGAUGGUCAGCCUGGACAUCUGCCGCUACUUGGCUCUGGAUGAAGCUGACAGGAUGAUUGACAUGGGUUUUGAGGAAGACAUCAGGACCAUCUUCUCUUAUUUCAGGGGUCAAAGGCAGACGCUGCUUUUCAGUGCUACUAUGCCCAAGAAGAUCCAGAACUUUGCCAAGAGUGCUCUGGUAAAACCCAUCACUAUCAAUGUGGGUCGAGCCGGAGCCGCCAGUUUGGAUGUCAUCCAGGAAGUGGAAUAUGUCAAAGAGGAAGCCAAGAUGGUGUACCUGCUGGAGUGUUUGCAGAAAACUCCACCUCCGGUGCUGUUAUUUGCUGAAAAAAAAGCUGACGUAGACGCAAUUCAUGAAUAUCUGCUGCUGAAAGGAGUGGAAGCCGUGGCCAUCCAUGGAGGGAAAGAUCAGGAGGAAAGAACCAAAGCCAUAGAAGCAUUCAAAGAAGGGAAGAAGGACGUUUUAGUCGCCACAGACGUGGCAUCCAAAGGUCUGGAUUUCCCAGCUAUACAGCAUGUGGUAAACUACGACAUGCCUGAGGAGAUAGAGAAUUAUGUCCACAGAAUAGGAAGAACUGGACGAUCGGGCCAAACUGGAAUUGCUACGACAUUCAUCAAUAAAGGCUGCGAUGAGUCUGUUUUAAUGGAUCUAAAAGCCCUGUUGGUUGAAGCCAAGCAGAAGGUCCCGCCUGUUCUCCAGGUUCUCCAGACGGGAGACGAAACCAUGCUGGACAUUGGAGGAGAGAGAGGCUGUACGUUCUGCGGCGGUCUGGGUCAUCGUAUCACAGACUGUCCUAAACUGGAGGCCAUGCAGACCAAGCAGGUCACCAACAUCGGGCGCAAGGACUAUCUGGCCCACAGCUCCAUGGACUUCUAAGAGACACCGUGUGUCCUGUCGAUGAACAUCAGACAUGUAUUAGAUAGGUCAGCCGAUGCGGGCUGUGGUCUGAAGGAAGAAUCCAGAACAUUUGGAUCCAUGUUUUCAUCAUGUGAAAUGUCAGACACAUCACUAAUGUGGCGGGGUUUUUUGUGUUACAUGAGUAAAAUCCAAACCUUUGCAUCAAACAGAGAAAAACAUUUGAUCCAAAAAACAAGAAGUAAAACCAGUAUCAUGUAAAAAAAAAAAAAAUAAAACAAACAAACAGUAAGUCAGGGUUCAGGCAGGUUGAAGGACUUUGAAGAGCAUGUAUUUUCCAAUGUAAAACGUGUAUAUGGGUUGAUCAUGGGAUGCUGUACUUCAUGUUUUGAGUAAUUGUUCAGCCCUGCUGCUGUGUUUGUCGUCAGAUGUUUGACAAUAGGAUCGGACGCUCGUUUUUUCAACUCUUGUGUGAAUAGUUUGUACCAUACCUUUUUGAUACUCUUAUGCUGGCAUUUGUAAAUUAAACUUCUCUGUCUUCUA